AAUUAGAAAAACAGGGAACCCUCUUCCCUUCCUCUUUCCCCUCCUCCACCAGACUAGGCCAUCGUCGCCCUUUGGUCUACGACCAUUGCCUCCGCUGCUCAACUCCAUUGUAGCCUUCUUCUCCAUCGUUGCGCUGCGCCAUCGAUCUUGGCCAGCUGCUCUGCUCCAGCUGCGACCUGCUACUUGUGCUCCAGCUGUGAUAUUAUCCCUAAAUUUUUUCUGAUAAUUAAAAAGAAAACAUUUUUGGUCAAAACAAAAAACCUCAGCAAAGCCUAAACGGGGAAGGGACGGUCCCUCUCACCCCUCCGUUCUCCUCCUUACAGCUUUCGUCGGUUCUCUAUGGCGGCGGAGAAGGAAGAAACCUCGGCCGCUGCACGGCGGCGACUUACAUGCUCCGCCUGCUUCGACGCCCUCUGGUUCUGCUACUCUCCAGUGCAUCAGAUGCAGAUGUAUUACAGGUUCGGGGAGCUUGAUAAUUGCAAAGCUAAAUGGAGUGCUCUCAUCGACUGUUUGUCUCUUAAGACCAAACGUGCUUCUGAAGUCCAGGUCAUGAAAAAACAAAUUUCUUGCAGGAGAUUCUCGAGAAGCGCGAGACACAAAAGCCUCAUAUAUGGAAGUUCCGAACUCCGGAGGAAUCUAAGGCUCAUUGGGAAGAGUUGUUUGGUCAUUUGGAUGGAAGGGAAUGACAGAGGUACUGCUGAUGCUGCUGCUGCCGCCUAGAGCUCCCAGUCUCGCCGACUUCUCGAUGGUACUAUUGCAAGAACAUCUAAAUGAGAAAACAGAAGGUCAGCUUUCAGAUUUGAUCGAUUAAUGGACUGAUAAUAAAAAAGUAGCUGCUCGAGGUUGCAUCGCUUCUCGUACAGUUUCUUCCAUUAUUUGCAAGAAAGUACUGGAGUAACUUUCCCAGUAACAUCGGAUUACACUCUAGGGAAGAUUCUUUUCAUUUCCUCUUUGCUUCUCAAGAUUUAAAUAUCAGAUUAGUCUCAUCAUUUCACAUUUCAAUCUUUACGUUGAUUUCUCAAGCUUACAGUAACAUUGCUGAGGAUGUUAGCUGCUAAGACAGAGGCAAGAUCGAGAUAUGCAUUACAGAUUAUUGGGACUUCAUGUAUUGAGUUUAUGUGUAACCUGCUGAUGAAGAUGUUCUCUUCAAAGCGGCCGAAGGGCAUUGCUCAAAUCCUUGUCACUUAUUUUUGGUGGAUCGGAAUUCUAUUACUUUACCGGCUA